CCUCUUCCCACCUCAUCUCCACCUCUACCAUCUCCAACCCCAUCUCCAACCCCAUCUCCACCCCUUCCCACCACCUCCACCUCUUCCCACCUCAUCUCC